UCUGAACACAAAAUAAAUAAAAAUCUUUUUUCUUUUCCUCGAGACGUCUCUCUUCUUCAAUUUCUUCACGAUUCUACUUUUGCGUUAUCCCCAAAAUUGGCAACCAAACCAACCCUAUCUCUCUUCUUGAAACCAACAAUGAGUCCGAUCGUCAUAACCCAGUUAGCCACAGGACUCAGCGUUUUAGCCGGUGCGGUUUUUAUCAAAUCGGUCUUGGACCAAAAACCUAUGGCUGGUCAAUUCCCUCGUUGUCCGACUUGUAAUGGUACGGGACGAGUCACGUGUUUCUGUUCUCGUUGGUCUGAUGGUGACGUUGGAUGUCGUAGGUGUUCUGGUUCAGGUCGUGCGGUUUGUAGCAAUUGUGGUGGUUCUGGAACCGGUAGACCUUUACCGGCUCAGAUUACGGUUCAACCACCGAAUCGUCCUUAUUGAUUCUCAAGAAAUCUGUUUACUUUGUAAACGAUUCUUCUCUCUUGAACUCUCUUAUUCUCUGUCUUGUAAGUUGAUUAUAUAUAUACACAUAGAUGAGAACAGAUUCAUAAGCUUCUUGUGAUUGUGUUCGGUUGUUACUGUUCAUAGUCAAAAUUCUCGAAUAUGUCAUUAAUGGUGGCUUAAUCUUUAGGAUUAAGAUGAUGAGUUUGAUCCAAAGAUUCAAAGCUUCUUUUGUAUAAUAGUUUAGGGUAUUGUUGUGGAUGGUUCAGUAUAUAGACUUUGUUGGAUGUGUUUGGUUCA